AUGACAAUCACGACCGAUGCCGAGAGCACCGAGGAUGUCAACGACUUCCUCCUACGGAUCCGAGAGCUAGGAGAGAAACGUGAUAAGGAGGACGAGGAGCGGACCAGGAAGCUGGAGGAGGAAAUCCUGCAGGGUCGGAAGGAGAGGCAGGCUCGCAGAGCUGAGCGAGCGCGGUCGAUUUCUCCCACAAAAGACUCCCCGAUCCUGGACCCUGCUCGCUUGAGUAUUUCUUCGCUAAGCCAACGUGCGAUCGACCCUCCAGAACAGCUCUCUCCCACACCCCGGACGCCAGAACAUGUUAGCAGCACCAAAUCGGACCUGAUCCGGGACGACGAGUCGAUAGCUACUGAUGGUGAUCUGGGAGGAUCGAAACCUGACGGAAGCGAAAUGGGAACCUCUUCGAGGCCUACUUCUCCUGUUGCGCGCAGCAGAACCGGGACGCUGUCCUGGCAGCAACGCCCGUCGUCUCGCGAUCUGAGUGGCAAUAGAUCAUUCUUCCCUGCCUCGCCCACUCGCUCGCCUACCCGCCUGAAUCGCUUGAGCGCCCUAUCAAACUUCUCCAACGACGAUCUAAAGUUAUCCCGCAGCCCACUCACCCUCUCACCCUCAGCGAAAGAUGUCUCUCCGGCACACCCGACACCUUUGGAAGAGACCGCCGACUCGACUGUGGAAGAGACCGUUGAGGAAAAUACGGAUACUGGAAAGUCUGUACUCGAACCGAGCCAUACAGACCACAAGGAUAUCGAUAUGGAUCAAGAAGCCCCUGACGCAGGAAAGCAACACACGCCAGUUGACAUCGGCGAGGAAAGGUCGCGCUCUCCGUCCAGAGCGAGCUCGACCUUCGGAGACAGCAGUUUAGGACAACGAUAUUCGAGCGUAUCUUCCGUAUCCACGGCGACCGGACUUGGAUCCCCAAUCCGUUUGUCAAGCGCACAAAAAAUCGAGCCUGACCCGAUCACAAGUCCUUCCUCUCCCAGGAGACUUUCACCAGAGCGUCCAGCGUCACCAACAAAGGGUCUAGGGGGUUUUGUGCAGAGUGCCAUGAUGAAGCGAUCGGACAGCGUCUCGAAGCGGUGGAGCGCGCAAUUACCAGCUGGGCUCAAUCGAGGCAGCUCUUUUGUCAACAAUCGUAAUAGCAUUGCUGCUCCUUCUUAUAGCGAUAUGUACUCUGGUGCAUCUCCGCGGUUUGGUCGCGAAGAUUCGUCCUUGGCGUCCAAAAGACCAAGUUCGAGUCACAGCGAGGCGACGAUUGUCCAUACUGCAAAGGAGGAUGAACGGCCGUCCACCCCACCUAACCCGAGCAACAAUACGCGAACUGACGAAGGUGCUGGAAGACCGAUUCUUCAUAUGCGAACGUCAAGUACACUGAGCAGGAAUGACCAAGAUUCAGAGACAAGUCCUGCGGUUUCAAGGACUAUGGAUCAGAGACGCUGGAGCCCGACAAAAUCCACAUGGCUGGAGAGCGCACUGAAUCGGCCUGAUUCUCCCCGGCAUAAGAGGCAGCAGUCGCAGCAAAGUCCAUCUUGGAAAGACCGACAGUCCCGAGGUAGUGUGGAUUUGGGCCGAGUGAACUCCUUCAAGGAAGUCGCGACGGUCGGCCUUAUGCGCACAACCGCACCCGGGAGCCAUUUCAAGUCGCUCAGUGUUUCUGGCAUCCCAGAUCUGCCUACUAAACUCGAUACAAGCAAUACCAGCAAAGCCAAGGAGCCUCAAGAGGAAUCGACACCCAAAUCGGAAGACCUUGAACCGAAACCCGCAGAUGCAAGUCCGGCGAUUUCUCCUACGAAGGAACAGAAAGGGGAAGAGGGAGAACCUGAAGCCAAAAGCGAAGAUGUUCCAGCCCGCAAACGUGCUCCAACUCUGCUGACACCUACGACUAAGAAGGACAUCAGCGUAUCUUUGCCGUCUCCGCGUGAUCCUCUUUUGAACCGACCAAAAGUACAAUCUCCUGUGGUCGAUUUCCGAGCAAAUCUGCGAAAGCGAGAAGUUGUCAAGGAUGAUGCACCCCAGAAAGAGCCGGAGUUCAAGAAUGUGUUUGGUAAAUUGAAGAAAGCAGAAGCAUCGAAUUAUGUCGCGCCAGAUCAACUCAAGGAAAACAUUCUGAAAGGCAAAGCAGCGCUGAAUGCAACGGGUGGACCGAAGAAGACCCAACGAGUUGAUGAUCUGAAGGAAAGUAUCCUGAAACAGAAAGAAGCCAUGAAGUCCAGCGGGGGCUCACAGCGACGAAACACCGUUGGGGAGGAUGAUGUCCCUGUAAAGAGCAUUCCAGAGGCGAUCGCAAAACGGCAUAAUCUCUCUAAAUCUAGCAGUAUCAGGAGCAACCCCUCCAUUGAUGGCCUGCCAUCACCGUCGUCCCAGGAAUCUACGGCACCACAAGACUUCGAAAAUCGCCCGCGAUCCUUUGUGUCGUCGCCGGUCGUUGAAGCUUCGCAGGAUAUCCAGAGUCCACAAAUUGCCGCAGCAAUCCCAGAGCCUGGCGAAGCGGAGGAUGCAGUCACCAGCCCGACCUCUUUCCCUGUGAAUAGUGAGGAAGGUGGUAAAACCAACGGCGAUGGCCAGGGGAAUGAGUCGAAAACAAGCACUGCAGUCCCUUUAGAGAUGGGGGAUCCCGAGGAGGAGGCUGACAAACCGGUGCGUGCUCUGCCAUCGGAGACUGUCGCGGAGGUUGCCGAAACGCCUGCUGCUACUGAAGGUCUUGCUAAAGGUAAACUCGCAGGCCGAAUAAAUCCUGCCUUGGCAGGGCUCCUGUCACGCGGUCCUCCAAUGUCCAGUGAGGGUUCGAACAAGCCAAUUUCAGCCAGAUCAACACCAGGGAACGAUCUCGAGUCGCCUGACAGUCAAUCUGCAGCGCCUCUCACGCACAUGACGAAAAAUCGUGCUAGGGGACCGAAAAGACGUCUACCAAAGACUGUGACUGUUGAAUCAAUUCCCUCGCCGGUGAAAGAUGAAAUUUUCGCACCAAAACAUGACGAGCCGUCGGCAAACGAGAGCAACGAGUUGAAUCUCAGCCCCAUAGUUAGUCAAGCUCCUGUUAAAGUGUCUAGCGGCUGGCCACUCCCUGACACGGAAUCGACUCCUGUUGAAACGUCCGAGAUGAUCCUGCCUCGAUUGGCUUUCUCACCUCCUGAGAGACCAGUGGAAUUCAAACGAAGCAUACCACGACUGAUGGAACGCAAGGUUGAGCAAAAUUCAGACAAGCGAGCAUCCCAGGUUUCGAUGGAUUCGAAGAUUUCCCCAAGCCCUCCGAACGACCUUGAAGAUAUCGAGAAUCUUGGAGACUCUCCCUCGCGAAGACCAAGUUUGCCACCAAAGCCAACAAUAGCACCGUCAUUUCCUGUUGAAGGGCUGACACGUCGGUCGCCAGCGCAAUAUUCAUCUCCGUCACCCUCGCCGUCUCCUCUUCGAACUAACUUUAGAGAAAAUCGGAUCCAGUCUCCCUUGGCAACUCCUCAGAAAACCGCGCCUGGUGGCUCCAUCGACCUGUCCCGCCGGGACAAGGCCUUGCCUUCGCCUCCUGUCCCUUCAAAGGGGCCACUAUCUCCUGCUGAUCAGCAGUCAUUAUCCACGAGAUCAACAAGAUCAUCGGUAUCGUUAGUUCCUCAGGCCGAGGAAUCCCACGAAAUCAUCUCAAGCUUCUUCAGGACGUUGCCUAACUCGAACGAUCGCGUCAACAUUGACACGCAAUUGAUGCUUACUACCCCGCGUGGUGAUGGUAGAAUUCGAACAUUGAGGAAACAAUUAUGGGAAAUCACCGGCGACGGGAAGCGGCAGGAUCUUCCAGUCAAUCAAGAAUACAUCCUGUACGAGGGAAGCAUGUAUCUGUGUGUCCAUGUUUUCGAGUCCGAUGGCAUGGCACGGAUUGAAACCCACCUUUGGUGUGGUGACGAUGUGGGCGAUGCGGCCAUUGACGAUGCACAGCCAUUUUCCCGCAAAGUCGCGCGAGAAAACGGAUGCAAAUUGGAGAUUAUCAGGCAAGGUAAAGAAACUGCACGAUUUAUCCAGGCCCUUGGUGGGAUUCUCAUCACCCGUCGUGGCGCCAACUCUCGCUCCAGCUCUUCGGCUAUCUUUAUGCUCUGUGGACGCAAGCAUCUGGGCCAAAUGGUCUUUGACGAGGUCGACUUCUCGAGGAGUAGUCUGUGCUCGGGAUUCUCCUUCGUGAUAUCUGCUACUUUUGGCAAGUUGUACCUCUGGAAGGGCAAGGGAAGCACGGCGGAAGAGAUUGGUGCCGCGCGCCUCAUUGGCAUGGAUCUCGGUCUGACCGGUGAAUUCGAAGAGGUGGCGGAGGGAGACGAACUGGAAAGCUUCUUCGAGAUAUUCUCCUACCCCAGAGAGGUUGAUGAUUAUAUGCGCUCCGACUACUGGCAGCAGCGGCCGAAUCACGACCGUUAUCGACUCCGACUGUUUCGAGUCGACCACGAGCUGGGUCAACGAACGGGCUUUUGGCUUCGGCGACGCUCAGGGUCAUCCUCGCCUGUGAUCCGACCAAAUGAUACUGUGCAAGAAAUUGUGCCGUUCCGCCAGAAGGACAUCACGGCCAAGGGAAUUUACGUCCUGGACACCUACUUUGAGAUUUAUGUUGUCGUUGGUGAGCAAGCGUCUCAGCGACCCGCCGAGUUUGCUUCCGCCGUCGUAUUUGCGCAUGAGUACGGCAUUCUAGCUGCUUCCCUUCAGGAUCGACCCUUUAUCCCCAAUAGUCUGGUCUCCAUUGGAGGACUUCCCGAAUCGUGUCGCAGUGCAUUUCGCAAAUGGGACAAGCGUUCCGGGUCGGUCCAGCCGCGCGUAUUCCCUCUCAACGCGGCUAUCGAGUCCAUUCGAUCUUGA